AAUAUCCGGCAAGAGUAUCGUUGCCUACGUUACCACGUCAGUAAGUUUACAGUGCUGGAGCCGGUUGAUAGUGCUUCAUUCACUGUUAACUAUUAAUUUGUGGAAAGAGAGUUCUUUGUUUUUUUUUUGAUCCAGCAGUGUUAUGUAAAUUAAGAUGAUCCCGUUGGUUUCGAGUUAAUGUCGUUACAGGAUUGCCUGUGAACAUUUCAAAACUGUGAACAUUUUGUUGGCAUUACCUUGUACAGCAGGCCGCCAUUUUGGAUUUGGCGUAAUAGCUACUGACAGGUUUCUCAGGAUGAUGGAUAAAGGUAUUUAUAUUGUGCAAGGAGAAAUCAGUAUAGUUGUUGGAGCCAUCAAACGGAAUGCCAGAUGGAGCACACAUACUCCUUUGGAUGAAGAACAGGAUCCGUUACUAAACAGUUUUGGCCACCUUAAAGAUGUAUUAAACAGUAUAACAGAGCUUACAGAAGUUGAACCUAAUGUAUUUCUGCGGCCUUUUUUGGAGGUGAUUCGAUCUGAAGACACUACAGGCCCAAUCACUGGGCUAGCUCUAACAUCUGUAAACAAGUUCCUUUCAUAUGGACUAAUUGAUCCAAACCACGAAAAUGCAGCAGAGGGGAUAGAAAAUAUGGCAGAUGCUGUCACACAUGCUCGCUUUGUUGGAACAGACCCUUCCAGUGAUGAAGUAGUGCUGAUGAAAAUUUUACAGGUUCUGAGAACCUUGCUUCUGACACCCAUUGGUGCUCACCUCACAAAUGAGUCUGUGUGUGAAAUAAUGCAGUCCUGCUUUAGGAUAUGUUUUGAAAUGAGACUCAGUGAGUUAUUGAGAAAAUCUGCGGAGCACACACUUGUCGACAUGGUACAGCUGCUCUUCUCAAGGUUACCACAAUUUAAAGAAGAGGCAAAAGGGUAUAUGGGUGCUAAUAUGAAGAAGAUUUCUCCUUGUCUUCCCAACACAACAGAGCUUAAUUGUGGAGGACAUCCUAAAAACAUCAACCAUUUAGAGAGGCUAAAAAUGAGAGCCGGUGGAAUAAGCGACUCCAAGUGGAAAAAACAGAAGAGAUCACCACGGACAUCACGUCACUCUUCCAAAAUUUCACCAGUUGCCGAUCAACAGCUCUCUAUCAAGCAGGCUCCCCAGACUAUAGGCAGCAUCACUUCUUUUUCAAAUAACAUCUCAGGUGCAGUGCCAUUUAUUGAAUCUUCUCUCGUAUCCUCUGGGGGUUCAGAUAGUAAUCCCUCAAUAGCAAGUCAUGCCACAGACAGUGGUCUGGAAUUCUCCUCAGAAACAGCAAGCAAGGAAGACCUUACUGACUUGGAACAAGGUGCAUCUACUAACAACACUCCAGCAUCUACACCUCUGAGUGAAUCCGAAUACAGAGAUCAGCCUGGCCAAUCUGAAACUCAGGUUAGUGCACUCCAUUCUGAAGGACAUUCAGUGGAAAGGGAUCAGUCUGCCUCAGUAGAAUCCAUUCCUGAAGUUUUGGAGGACCGGGACUCACUGACAGAACAGUCAGAUUCUGCCUCUGUACAUGACAUGGACUAUGUAAAUCCACGUGGAGUCAGAUUUACACAAUGCACGAUGAAAGAGGGGGCAUCUUUAGUUCCUUACAGCCUCCCAUGUAUUCGUGAACUCUUCCGAUUCCUCAUCUCACUUACCAAUCCAUAUGAUCGUCACAACACAGAUGUAAUGAUGCAUCUAGGCUUGCAGCUGCUUACAGUGGCAUUUGAGUCAGCUCAAAUAUCAAACUAUACAUCUCUGCUUAGCCUUGUGAAGGAUGAGCUGUGUAGACAUCUUUUUCAGCUACUAAGUGCAGAGCGCUUGAAUUUGUAUGCAGCAUCACUCAGGUUAUGUUUUCUUCUGUUUGAAAGUAUGAGGGAACAUCUGAAGUUCCAGCUGGAGAUGUACCUUAAAAAGUUAAUGGAAAUCAUAACAUCAGAGAAUCCAAAGAUGCCAUAUGAAAUGAAGGAAAUGGCAUUAGAAGCCGUAGUGCAGCUCUGGAGAAUACAAAGUUUUGUCACAGAGCUUUAUAUUAACUAUGACUGUGAUUAUUACUGUUCCAAUCUCUUUGAAGAUCUUACCAAGUUAUUAUCAAAGAAUGCAUUCCCUGUCUCUGGGCAGUUGUAUACUACUCACCUUCUGUCACUAGAAGCACUUUUGACUGUGAUCAAUAGUAUUGAAGCACAUUGCCAAAACAAGGUUCUUAAAAGUACUCAUCAGCAGGAGGAGAAAGAACCACCAAAACAAGUGGAAAUUGUCAUAUGUAACAGCUGCGAUGGAACUAAUGGUACUGAAGGCAGCCCCACUGAUGGGAAGCAUCUCGGUGUCGUGACUGAAACACUUACAUUUCAUCCACCCACUAGUGGGCACCUUAUGGCUGAGAAAAUGACAGUAGGGCGACAGGAUGCAGUUCAAAGUACUGAAACAGUUGAGAAAAAAAUACCAAAGAAGCCAGUUCGUUUUUCCUCCUUUCUUCCCAAUGCUCAAGAAUUAUCAGAAAUAAAAAACAAAAAAAAGCUGCUUAUUGCUGGAACAGAACAGUUUAAUCAGGCAUCAAAGAAGGGAAUCCAGUUUUUGCAAGAGAAGGGCCUCUUGACAUCUCCAAUGGGUAACAAUGAAGUAGCCAGGUGGCUAAGGGAGAACCCUCGUCUAGACAAGAAGAUGAUUGGAGAGUUUAUAAGUGAUCGCAGAAAUGUAGAUCUUUUGGAAAGUUUUGUGGGGACUUUCACUUUCCAAGGACUGAGACUCGAUGAAGCUUUGCGGUUAUACCUUGAAGCUUUCAGACUCCCUGGUGAAGCUCCCCUAAUUCACAGGCUUUUAGAAGUCUUUACUAGUCAUUGGCAUAAAGUACAUGGUUUCCCAUUUGCCAGUAAUGAUGCUUGUUUUGCCUUGGCAUAUGCUAUUAUUAUGCUUAAUACGGAUCAGCACAACUACAAUGUCCGCAAGCAGAAUGUGCCAAUGACCUUAGAGGAAUUUCGUAGAAACCUAAAGGGUGUGAAUGGAGACAAAGAUUUUGAUCAGGAUAUGCUAGAGGAUAUCUACAAUGCAAUUAAGAAUGAAGAAAUAGUUAUGCCAGAAGAACAGACUGGUCUGGUGAGGGAGAAUUAUGUAUGGAAUGUGUUGUUGCAUCGUGGGGCUACCGAUGAAGGGAUCUUUCUUCACAUAACUCCUGGCAACUAUGACCUUGACCUGUUCACCAUGACCUGGGGACCCACUAUUGCUGCGUUGUCUUAUGUUUUUGACAAGAGCCUUGAUGAAAACAUCAUCCAAAAAGCAAUUUCAGGAUUCAGGAAAUGUGCCACAAUUUCUGCUCAGUAUGGACUCAGUGAUGUGUUUGACAACUUGAUAAUUUCUCUAUGCAAGUUUACAGCUUUGAGCAGUGAGUCUGUGGAAAACCUACCCACUGUCUUUGGCAGUAACAAUAAAGCUCAAAUUGCAGCAAAGACUGUAUUUGAGUUGGCCCAUCGCCAUGGUGAUAUUCUUCGUGAAGGAUGGAAAAACAUCAUGGAUUCCAUGCUGCAACUGUUUCGUGCUGAGCUCCUGCCAAAAGCUAUGGUGGAGGUAGAAGAUUUUGUGGAGCCAAGUGGGAAGAUAUCUCUGCAACGAGAAGAGAUUCCAUCAAAUAGGGGUGAGUCAACAAUGCUGAGUUUUGUCAGUUGGCUUACUUUGAGUGGAACAGAGCAGUCAAACUUAAGAAAUCCAUCCACUGAGAGUCAGGAAGCUAAACGGCUUGCUCUGGAUUGCAUUAAGUUGUGUGAUCCUGAGAAGCUGAUCACUGAGAGCAAGUUUCUUCAGCUGGAGUCUUUACAAGAACUUAUGAAGGCUCUUAUCUCUGUGACACCAGAUGAAGAGACCUACAGUGAGGAGGAUGCUGCUUUCUCUUUAGAGAUGCUGUUAAGGAUAGUGCUGGAAAACAGGGAUCGUGUUUCCUUUGUGUGGCAGACUAUACGAGCUCACUUGUGCCACCUCUGUGUCCAGGCUACUGAGAACUGUUUCCUGGUGGAGCGUGCUGUGGUUGGGUUGCUGAGGUUAGCAAUCCGUUUACUACGUCGAGAAGAAAUUAGCUCGCAGGUUCUCUUGUCUUUACGAAUCUUGCUAAUGAUGAAACCUAGUGUGUUAUCACGUGCAAGUCGACAGGUGGCAUUCGGCCUUCAUGAGCUGCUAAAGACCAAUGCUGCAAACAUCCAUUGUAGUGAUGAUUGGUACACACUCUUUACCCUGCUGGAAUGCAUUGGUGCUGGAGUCAAACCUCCUUCUGCUUUACAGGUCACUAAUGCAGUGGAGAAUGAUACAGGGGCACAGUCGGACAGUGAAGUUUCCUCUUACCGUUCCAGUGAUGUGAACCUUGACAGAGGUUAUACCUCUGAUUCUGAAGUCUAUGCUGAUCACAGCAAGCAAAUGAAAAUGCACCGUUCUGGAACAGAUGUGGAUAUAGUGAACAGUGGUUGGACAAUGGUUGAAAGAGAUUAUAUCAGUGGAAGUAAACCCUGCCUUCCAAGUGCAAAGCAAGGACCAGCCCCCCUAGUAAACCAGUAUAGCCUGACAUUGGGGCAGGAGCUAGGAAACCAUGACACUAAAUCUCUCAUUAAAUGUGUGGAGUCCCUGUCAUUCAUUGUCCGAGAUGCAGCACAUGUGACUCCUGAGAACUUUGAACUCUGUGUCAGAACCAUUCGCAUCUUUGUGGAGGCCAGUUUGAAUGGAGGAUAUAAAUCUCAAGAGAAGAAGAUGCACAAAUAUGACAACAAGUCUACACGGCUUAGGAAAAAACCCAGCGAAAAGGAGAGUUCCAUGAAAAGGUCAAAAGCUUCCAGUCCGAGGUUAUCCCGGUCCCACAGUGACAAUGAAGAAGAUGAGAGUGUUCCAGCCAGUUACCAUACUGUGUCUUUACAGGUUAGUCAUGACCUUCUGGAUUUAAUGCAUACACUGCACACACGAGCUGCAAGCAUAUUCAGCUCCUGGGCUGAGGAACAACGUCACUUGGAGGCAGCUGACAAGAAAAUUGAAGCAGAUUCUACUACCCUGUGGGCCAACUGUUGGUGCCCACUCCUACAAGGUAUUGCAUGGCUAUGUUGUGAUGCCAGACGCCAAGUGAGAAUGCAAGCCCUUACCUAUCUCCAGAGAGCACUCUUGGUCCAUGAUCUGCAGACCCUGGAUGCCUUAGAAUGGGAGUCAUGUUUCAACAAGGUCAUGUUUCCCUUGUUGACAAAACUACUUGAAAAUAUUAGUCCUGCUGAUGUAGGAGGGAUGGAAGAAACCAGAAUGAGGGCCUCCACACUGCUGUCCAAGGUAUUUCUUCAGCAUUUGUCUCCACUUUUGUCUCUGCCUACUUUUGCUGCUUUGUGGCUUACUAUCCUUGAUUUCAUGGACAAGUAUAUGAUUGCAGGUUCCAGUGACUUACUGUUAGAAGCCAUUCCAGAAUCUCUCAAAAAUAUGCUUCUCGUUAUGGACACUGCUGGAAUAUUCCAUAAUGCUGAUUCUCAGACUGGAUAUUCUGACCUUUGGGAAAUCACAUGGGAAAGGAUUGACUGUUUCCUGCCUAGACUUCGGGAAGAACUUUUCAAACAAACUGUUAUACAAGAGCCUGUCACAGUAGUGCAAGGAGAGCCUCAUCCACUGAAGUCAGCACAGCCUGUACCUUGUGUUCCUGUCUCAUCAGCAGUAGGUGAUCAGAAGUCCACAGGUUCAACUGCUUCCUUAGACAAAUCACCUGAGCCAUGUACUGGUGAGUCUGAGAGAACCAUAAGUGCCACAGUGUCACCUGUCCCUGUAGGUCCACCUGUCUCUGCUCCAGGAAGGAUGAGCCCAGUGACAGAAGUAUCUCCGCCAAUCACACAGUCUCCACUAAUCCUUCAACCUCUUGCCUCACCACUACAAGUUGGUGUACCUCCAAUGACAUUGCCAAUCAUUUUGAACCCUGCCCUGAUAGAGGCUACCUCUCCUGUGCCUCUUUUGUCUAGUACUCGACCCACUGACACUACAGCUACAUCUGAAGUGAACUAAACAUCUCAAAGUUUAAGUAUGGGGUAUUUGCACAGAAUCAUGCAGUUGGAAAAAUAAUGCACCUCAGAAACACCUGUAUGAUGUCUUCAGAGAGACUAGCAAGACUGUGAUAAAACUUGAAGCUGUUGCCAUAUUGUUACUGGAGAAUGAGUAACUUACGAAAACACUGUGGCUGGCUGCUUGUAAAUGUGGUUUGCAUGCAGCUUGUAUGACAACUUCUCCUACCCCUCCCCAAAACAGUAUUUGUCCUGAUAAUAACUGAAUGUUGUGUUCACUUAUUUUCUUGAAGAAAUGUGCUGAUAUUAAUGUAGAUUAACUGGAUCCACUUUGCAGGUAUGGAUACACACAUUUCACAAACAAUCUCCUUUUUGAGAAGAAGUGAAGCCAGUAUGGUUUUGAAAUGGAAAUAAUGAGCGGCCCCUUUUUGCUGGCCACCACUACAUUCAUUGCACAUGCUAGCCCACCUCAUGCUGAGUUGCUUCUGAUCCAAGACUCAUUAAUCAGCAGCAACAAUGGUGAAGGAAUAUAUACACCAAACUUACAGAUGAAUCCUCUAUUUUUUUAAAAUAAUAAGCAUACAAUUCUUACUUGGAAGAAGGAAGAAAGAACUUGAAACAUUUAAUGAGUUGGCUGCAGUUUUCCACAGUUUUUAACAGGCUAUUUGGAUAUCACGUAGGAAGUAUUUUAAUCCCAAAUGUGCUGCUAGCAGCACUUGCAUCAUUUGUUUUUCUUAUCAAACAUUCCUCAGUUUACAUUAAGGGACUGCUGACACUUUAAGUAGUUUACAUCUUUAACUUGAAGGCAAAAAAUACUUGUUUAUAGAUUGGAUUAAGCUCUGUAAUGAAAAAAUACAGGCAUUUAGGAUGAAACACCAUUGUCCUUAUUUGUGUGUUGCAAGGAUUAACAGUGCAAUUACUGGACUCACUUUAACUGAAGUUAGGUUAAUGGAGACUUAUAUUUUUAAGCGAGUCAUCUUCCAACUACAUUAGAACGACAGUGCAACACUCUUGAUCACUGCUGUAAUAUUACAUAAGCGGGUCUUAAGUGUCAUAAUGUUAAAAAUGUAUUGUUAGCAAGUUGUAACAAUAAAACUUGUUUACAUAGGCUGUUUCUAAACCUCAUGAUAUUGUUAGUAGAAGCUAGAAUAUAUUUCAUAUUGGUCUUAACUAGGGCGGCAGAGAGUCUGUCCAUAAUACACUGCCUUAUUGAUAUCUCUGAAAAAAGUCUUAGAUUGAAAUUUGCUGCCAUCUUCUGGUUUCCUUCAUUAUUCCUGUUUGUCCAUUAAGCAGGAUAGCAGUAGUUUUGUUUUAUAUUGUAAAUAGAAUAAUUCAGAGAUAUUGAUGUAUUUUUUUAAAGAAAUGCAGUUUAAUUGAUUCAGCUAUUUUCAGUUGUUUUCAGUCAGUGGUAAGUUGCUAGAGGUUAUGCUGCCAUCAGAUUUAAAUGAAGUGUUUAAAAUGCAAAAAAAAAAUCUACAUUUUCAUGUUUACUCAUAUUAUUUGGAGGAAUCAUUUUUGGUGUUCUGCUGACUUGUGUUUUGUACAACCUGCCAUGGCCCAUAUCACUGCAUUUAUUGUAAUACUUUUUGAAUUGAUUUUUUUUGUUUAUACUAAGAAAAAAGAGGCCCCAGCCAUUCAUUUGCAGUUCUGACUAAAGAUGCAACAAAAUGAAAUAUUAAUUAGCACUGCCAUUUUAAGAUGAAAACAGUAUUGGUACAUGUAGAAUUGCCUGUCAGAUUCUAAUUUAGAGUUAGGAUUACAGUUAUAAAAUUAGAACAUUCAGAUACUGCAAACAUCUGUGCAGUGGCCUUUGUUAGUGAGCCUCAUGAAAACAAGUUCACUAAAUAAUCAUCCCUUUUCAGACACCCCUUCAGUCACCCCUCAUCUUAGACAGUGACCACCCAACAUACACUUUGGUAAGCUGCACACAUUAAAUAAUUUCAGCCAUAUAAUCCUUUCUGCGACCAGUUUCUGACUGCAGUAAGGAGGAAUAAGCAUGCCUGUAUUAACAGAGAUUACUUACUCUUGUCCAUAGCAGCCUGUGGAUGCUUAUAGAUGUGAGUGGAUGUAGCCAUUUGUUGAUUUGAAUUCCAAGAGCAACCACUUCUCAACCCACUUUCCCAUUUGUUGUGGUUCUCAGUUAUCAAAUGUGUUGGCAAGUUUGACUAAUGAGUAGCAACUAGAUGACUAGCAUAGUCUAAUAUUUAUCUUUUUUAGUACAUAAAAAUCUUCUGCCGAUCAUUAGCGGACCGGAGUUCCGCUGUGGCGACCCCUAACCGGGAAAAGCCAAAAGACGCAAAGUGUUUUUAGAACUAAAAAGUAAUACAGCCGAAAACAUGCAGAAUCUGAUCACUAAAAUGCAGUUUAAGAAUCUGAAAAUCUAGAUAUGCAUCAUAAAGAUCAUUACUGCUAGAGAUUCUUAAUGUGAAUGGGAUUUAACUGGAGUCUCAAGUCUAUUCCAGCUGGAUAUUUUAGCUGUCAGUUAUCCUUGGGUACAAAAACUGCAGUACCAACAAAGUAGCAGAAGGAAGGGGUUUACCAUUUUCUGCUGAGACUUUAAGGCCUGGAAAUGACCAAUAAGGAAGGGAAGUAGUCAUCCAGCCACAUCUCAGGUAUCAAAAACUAACUGAAGAUGGUACAGGCAGUGCUUUAUACAGCCAGUCUUCCACUCAAUGGUUAUGAGAUUUGCUGAAAGGCCUAGCCAAUAGACUACAACUCAUUCUAAAUCUUAAUAAUUAUUAUGAAUCUCCUGUAGCAAUUAUGUUAUAGUUCGAACAUCUGUAAUUGCUAUUAAUAGGCUCACACUGCUGUACUUCCAAAUUGCAUGUUCAAAGCAAUACUCUUCAUGUUUUGCAUUUUGUAAAAUUUCUAAUCAUGAUUCAUGUUUCCCAAAUCAUCAGCUCUGGUUAUACAAAUUUUGGGAAACAGCUGCAUUAUAUUCAUUAUCGCUUAAUGGCCUUCUUGAAAUGCCAUCUAGCUCUAGUUUUUAACAAGGCAAAAAUAAUUAACUUUGCUGUAAAGUUUUAUACCAGAAAUCAUAAAUUAAUUUUUGCAUAUGCAGCUUACGCUAACCAAGUUAAUUGUUAACUGGAAUGCUCUCUUGAAAUGUCCCAAAGAAAAACUGUCUUAACUUUUUCUUUACAGUUUAGGAACUCUAAACAGAGUGAAAGUUGAGGAUACAUGCAGUUUGUUUAUUUUGUUGAGAAAUUUUGGUUGCAGUACAUGUUUGUAUAGGCAUUUUUUGUAGCACAUUAGACUUAUUAGAACUGUUUAACAAUUUCUGCUAACAUAUUGUACAACCAGUGUUCUGCUGUUCCAUAUCUGAGAUGUAGUUACAGUAUAGCUGAGAUUUUUUUCCUCAUGGUCUUCUGAAAUUAUGCAUAGGUUCAUAGGUAAGUAUAAGGCUAACUGCUCUUGCGGGCCAUUUUAGGCCUAGACGAUUUCCCUUUUGGUGUUUGAAUUAACCUAUCCCAUUUGUUAGACUGGCUUUAUUACAUGUAUGUAUUUUAAAUGUACUUGCACACAAACUGAAGAUCAAAAAUGUGGUGCUAGUCAUAUAUUGUUUUUUAAACAUCAUGUAGCUUUGUGUUAGAUUUCUAACGUCAUUGCUUCAUUCCCAUAGGAAUAUCUGGAGACAUUGUGGGUGCUGCGAAGAGCACUUCCAGCUAACAUCAAAGAUUGAAAUAAUACUAAUUUCAUGAACUUUAAUCAUACUUUGACAUAGGAAUGGGGUCCAUUCCUGUCAUGGUAUUAGAAACCCAAAAUAUUUGGAGAAAUCAAGGAGAGAAUAUCUACAAUUCUGAUGUAUAAUUUUGGGAAAUGGAAGAGUAGAUUUCACUAAAGAAUGUUCUAAGCUGCAUGAUAUAUUAGGUCUCAUAUUGCUAUUGCAGCCAUUCCCUUAUGGGCCUAUUCAUUCCUGCAGACCACAGUGUACCAGGAGGGAGAGACAAGAGCCAGGAAUUAUAAUGUCCAGUCUAGCAGGGGAUUUACAUUUUUUUAAUGCUCCUAACAACCCCUGCUACUUUCCAUAAAGUGCAGUGCAAAGCCCAGUGUGCUUUUUCUUUGCUUUUAUUUUCAGCUAGUGCAUCUGCACACUCUUUGGCCGGCUUCUGCUUCUGGAUACAUGUCAAUUCAACAACAGCAGUUUUGAUAAAUGAAAAUAGAUGAAGAGUGAUUCACCAAAACUGUUUCCUUCACACCUCAGAUCCCCAUGUUGGGGGGACAUCCCCACAUCCAUUGAACUUGAAUGGACCAGCUGUGAGUUCAAUCCACAGUGGAGAAAGAUGAAAUCUCCACUGCUGAUUAAAGUAGUUUUGGUUAAUGGCUUUCAAUCUGUUUGCCUUCACCAAAACUACAAUCAAUGACUUGACAGGAACCAUGCUGCGUAAGUCUCAUAUUGCAUAGGUUGCAUUUCUAGUCCUUCAUUGAACUGAUGUUAGACACAUUCUCAUCCCGUACUGGCUGACUCCUGCAGUACCCAGGCUACUGAUAAAACCCAAAGCAUAUGAGGUGCAAUCAAGGCAAAAAAAAAAAAAAACUCUGCCACUGACCCAGCUUUUUUAGCUUAGUUCUUAAAAUUAGUUUCAAACAAAAAGUACUGUUCAAAUUACGUUCCUAAGAAAUUGCCAUAAUCACUAAAAAGCAAUUUGUACUACUUGAUUUACUUUUUUUUCACACUCAGUCACAUAUUGUUGUUUACCUAAUGUGUAAACAUCAUUGACUUACUCUUUAGUAUGCAAGUUUUCAGUAGAAGAGUCCAGCAUCUCCUAUUAUGAGAUAGGACAAGGUGCAAGUUCUUGUCUUAAUUGCUGAUGUGAGAUCUAGUUGUACUGGUCUUUAAAGUAUAUAAUUGUUUUAGAUUUGCAGGAAUACUUUAAGAAUCAGACAUCUGUCAUCAAAAAAUAUAAAAAUGGAACUCCUUUACAUGAACUAAAACUGGUAUUUUCUGCCAUCCUCAUUUGUACUCGUUAUUCAAUGCAUUUUCAACAUUAUUUUUGAUUUUAUUUUCAAAAUGCAUGUUUAAGGUGUCAGCAGAAAAACAACUAUAGCCUUUCUGUAGAUAAAAGUUGCAACAUUUUAAUUUUGUCAGUAAUAAAGAUCAUUUGAGAUAUUAUGUUGAUAAAAUUGAGUAUGAAUGUAAAUAAGUGGGAAAUAUAAAAUGUACUUUUUACAGGUAAUAAAUAUGUCAUGUAAAUUAAA